AGGUGAUAACGAAGAACGAUUUUUGUUUUUAUUGCAAAUACUUUUUUUGGAUAUACCUGCUUUUGUUUAUUUGUGACUUAAUAUGGCUUAUAAAACAUUCUAUUUGGCGAUUACCCUGCUCGGUUUCGCAACCUUGACAUCCACGAAACCCAUUAUGGUUACGUUUGGCACCAAUCAAGGCCCCAUAGUACCAAGACAAAAGUCACCGUCGAGCUUGGAACCCAGGAACAUCGUGGCAAGAAGUCCCGCCCCUGUAUCUGAAGACAAUGAGGACCUACCAAAUCCCAGCGUGUAUAAACCCUUGGUUCCCCAUCAGUACCGCACCAAGCUGCUUUCUGUAAGAGUACCACCCAACUUGGUUCUUGGUACUCCGUUAGAUCAAAAAUACACACCCAGUUUGCAGAAAUACAACCUACAAAAGAAACAACAACAAGGUAGAAGCCUCGGUACUGACUACACUGGUCCUCACAUAUUCGAAAAGCAAGGGUACGAGUUCUAUGAAAACAAACCAAAAACCACUUUGCAGCCUUCAGUGCGUUACGUCAAACCUCAGUACUUCCAACAAUUACAACAGAAUUACGAUAACCCAAACAACAAAUACGUACCUCAAAUAGGCAUUAUUUAUUCUGGCGGGGUGAGGUACUACGUUCCUCAAUUCGUUCCACUCUAUCAGCACCAACAGCAAAUCCAGCAGCAAAAGGACGAGAAUUCAAUUUACGACCACCCAAAUGAAAAAGUUUACUACUAAUAAGUGUUGUGAAUGUGAACUGUGCCAAUACAAAUCUUUCAGUAUUUUUGUAUGUAGUGUCAUAUUUUGAUGAUGCUUACCCUGUAUAUAUUUUAAUACUAAGUACCUACCCAUACCAUGGUGCCAAUACCUUUUACUUGAAGAUGUCAGUACUACUACUUGUUUAAUUGUUGACCCAAUAAUAUUUUUUAGUAUUAAAAAUAAAAAUUAAGACGUUACGUGCAGUCAAAGGAAUUUUUUAAACUAUACGUAUUUUUUGUAUGUAAAAAUAAAAAAAUUCUAGGUAAAAGUGUAAUCGAAUGAGAGCAAAAAAGCGACAGCCAAUACCGAUGAAAGUCACCAACCACUACAGAAUUCCUUCAUAAUUCGCUUAACUGUGCAACUUCUCUUAUGCUCUUCCUACUAUUUGCAUCAAAGGCAUUAAAAAUAGCUUCUUUUUUUUACAUGUUUUAAUACGUUAAGGAACACCUUCAAUUUCGUUACAAAUCAGAACAACUUUACAGUUCAGGGGACGGUCGGAAAAGCGCUUUCAAAACUCGUGCUACGUGCCUAGCAUUGCCCCCAUACUCCCCAUAAAUAAUCAUCAUUUCGGCAUAGGAAAAUGAUAAAUAAUAACGCU